AUGGUGAUGAAUAAUGCUGAGCUUGAUUCUUCUGCUGGUCGGGGUAUAGCAUUGCGAGAAAAGUCGUCUCAAGCUGAUGCGGUUAACAGAAUGGUUAGUAAGAGUGUGAUAAGAAAGCCAAUACCUAUCCAAAGAGAUCUAUUGGGGAAAAAGAUAGGUGAUCAAAAGUCAUAUUAUGAAGAGAUCAAGGAAGUAGUCACAUACCGACCAACUCAUCAUAAGCUCAACGCUGGUAGAUUGCAUUUUUUCAUCUAUCCAACCAACUUUGCAAUAAGGGAAUAUCAGUUAGAUAUUGUACGAAAAUCGCUAUUUCAAAAUGUUUUAUGUGCUAUUCCCACAGGUAUGGGAAAAACAUUUAUUGCAAGUGCCGUCAUGCUGAAUUUUUUCAACUGGUCGAUGGAAGGCAAGAUAAUAUUCACUGCACCAACGCGGCCGCUAGUUGCACAACAGAUCAAGGCUUGUUUGGGUAUAACUGGUAUUCCGCAUGACCAGACUGCGAUACUUCUUGAUAAGUCCAGAAAAAACAGAGAACAGAUAUGGGAUGAAAAGCGUGUGUUCUUCACGACGCCACAAGUUGUCGAAAAUGACCUUAAAAGGGGGGUUCUCGACCCAAAGAGUAUUAUCUGUUUGGUUGUUGAUGAAGCGCAUAGAGCAACUGGAUCAUAUGCAUAUACAAAUAUUGUCCAAUUCAUUGGCAGAUUCAAUACGUCCAUUAGAAUCCUGGCAUUGACGGCGACACCCGGAGCCAACCUUGAAGCAGUUCAGGAAGUGGUAAAGAAUCUUUGCAUUUCAAAAAUUGAAACAAGAACAGAAGAAAGCUUAGACUUAGCCAGGUACAUGAAACCCCGGCAUCAAAAAAAAGUGGAGAUCGAUCUAAUUGGAUAUAUUGAAGAUAUCAUAGAGAAACUAGGCAUUGCAAUAAAGCCGGUCUUAGAGCAAGCUGUUGAAUUAGGAAUUUAUGAAGAAUGCAAACCGUCGCAGAUUAAUGCAUUCAAAGCAAUGCAGCAAAGUCAAAAGAUUGUCGCUAAUCCUGGUAUUCCCGAAGGUAUUAAAUGGCGAAAUUUCUUCAUUUUGCAGUUACUUAAUCAUGUUGGGCAAAUGCUGAAAAGAGUAAAAAUUUAUGGAAUAAGAACUUUUUAUUCAUAUUUUAAUGAUAAAUAUAAGGAGUUUACUGUAAAAUAUGACUUGGGGAAAUCAAAGAAUAAAACGGCCGCAGAGUUUUAUUAUAAUCCUAUUCUGAAAAGCGUAAUAAAUCAAUGCGAAGAACUCUUGAGAACACCCAAGUUUAUAAGCCACGGAAAACUGAAGUAUAUGCAAGAUGAGCUAGAUGUUUUUUUCAAAUACGGCAAAAGUGACUCAAGGGUGAUCAUCUUUACUGAACUAAGGGAGAGCGCUCUUGAAAUAGUCAAAUUUAUUGACGAACAAUCUGAUCCGCAUAUCAAACCGCACAUAUUUAUUGGGCAAUCCAAGGGCAAAGAAGGAUUCGAUGAAGUGUCAUUCAUAAGAAAAAAUGGUUCGAAAGGUAGAAAAAAAGCAGACAGGUUCAAGCGUCUGGAAGAAUAUAAAACCGUAGAUGAAGAAAGGAAAGAGAAAAAGAAACAGGAACAGUUAGAGAGGGGCGCUCGACGUACUGGUAGCUCGGAAGAAGCUCAACUGAAUGGUAUGACCCAAAAGCAGCAAAAACAAGUAAUUCAAGACUUCAAAGAUGGACAAUAUAAUGUAUUGGUAUGUACUUCAAUCGGUGAAGAAGGUUUAGACAUAGGCGAAGUAGAUUUAAUCAUAUGCUAUGAUACAACAGGCAGUCCCAUCAAGAAUAUACAGCGUAUGGGUCGAACUGGUAGAAAAAGGGCGGGUGAAAUUGUUUUGCUAUUCAGUGGUAACGAAUCUUCAAAGUUUGAACAAGCGAUGAAGGACUAUUAUAAUCUCCAAAGACUAAUAUCUCAGGACCUAUUGCAUCUCAAAAAGUCAGAUAGGAUUGUACCGAAGGAAAUCGACCCGAUAUGCCGCAAAGAAUUUAUCACUGUCAAUGAGGAGGACCACCAACUUACUAACAUGGAUAAUACUGAUGAUGUCAUUCGUUAUGCUACCCAAUGCAUGCUUGGAAAGAAAACUAAUGCUAAGAUAAAACUUAAGAAAGACUCCAUAAACAAAGAAAAGCGGUUCUUCAUGCCUGAUAAUGUCAAUACGGGAAUAGUAACCGCUGCCAAUCUUGUUGAAAAAGUGAAAAUAGAGGACAAAAGCGAAAAAAAAUUGAGCAAGGAUUUUCCCACGCUGGAUAAUCUACAAUAUGAUUCUAUGGAAUUCUCUUCUCCAUCCCGUUCAGAUAUGGGAGAUUUUUUUGAAAAAGAUUCAAAAUCAGUUUGUUUAGAUGACCAUCAAAAUUCUAGAAAUCUCCAAGGCGUUUUAUUGAAAGAAACUGAGAAAAUGGACGCAUUCCCAGAUAAGAACAAAGAUCAUCCUUUGGAAAAUAUAAGCUUAGUAGGGAGUGUAAGCUUGGGAGAGAAAAUCGAUUCCGAUGAACUGCGUCAUAGUUCACCGCCGGCUUUAAAAAAAAGAAGACUUACAGCUAAACCAGAUGGCACCAAAAACAACACUUCGUCAAUUAUUCGCACAAACGCAAUUUCUCCAGAAUAUCCUGUGAGAAAUCAAACAGAAGAAUGUGAUGGUUUAUUAACGCCUGAAGAGCGUAAGGUCUUCUUGAGCAAUUACUCUGCAAGUGAAACUGUGUCAAUUGACACAAUACCGACUUUUCAGAAAGGCACAACGUACUCCACUAUACCCCACAGUACGCGCAAUGAAGCAUUGUUAAAGCUUUUUCAACACCUGAAUGAAAAUAGUGAAGCCAUCGUCAUUCAAAUGAACAGACAACGCUGCAUCGCACGAGGAUUACAAAGUGGUGCAGUAAGUUUCGAGGAAGACGUUCAUGUAAUCGCAAAAGAAAAGGGGCUUCUCAGUAAACCGCUACAAAAUUCGCAAGGUACGGAUGAAUUCGAGACUAUCCCAAGUUUAGGCUGUGUUGAUCUAGAGGAAUUAGAUGAAAUCUUAGGAUCUGAAUCGGACUUUUAA